AUGGCUGCCCCUGUUGCCGUCUCCCAGCUCACGAAGAGCAAGCCGACGAAGAGCAAGCCGGAGGGCAUCAACCUCUACGCUCGCUUCGCGCUUGCCGGUGCUUUGGGCUGCUCCAUCACCCACGCCGCCUUUACUCCGGUCGACGUUGUCAAGACGAGGAUCCAGCUAGAUCCCGUCACCUACAACCAUGGCAUGAUCGGUAGUUUCCGCCAGGUUAUCCGCAAUGAAGGCAUCAGCGCUCUAGCGACGGGCUUCGGCCCGACAUUUGCGGGCUAUUUCAUGCAAGGCGCCUUUAAAUUUGGCGGUUACGAAUUCUUCCAACAGAGGCUUAUCGAUGUUCUCGGUGCAGAGAAGGCCAAACAGAAUCGCACAGCUGUUUAUAUGCUCUCUGCUGGCUGUGCUGAGUUUUUUGCCUCGAUUGCGCUGUGCCCUCUAGAAGCAACACGUAUUCGCCUUGUCUCCACACCCGGCUUCGCUAAUGGCCUGGUUGGUGGUUUUGGGAAGAUCCUGAAGAACGAGGGCAUCGGCGCCUUUUAUUCUGGCUUUGGUCCCAUCCUCUUCAAGCAGGUUCCUUAUACGAUAACGAAGUUUGUCGCUUUCGAAAAGGUUUCCGAGGCCAUCCUGAGCCAGUUUGAAGACAAGUUCCAAAUGUCAGCCGGCGCCUCGACUGCCGUGAACUUGGGAUCUGGCCUGAUUGGCGGAUUUGCGGCUGCCAUCGUGUCUCAGCCUGCCGAUACCAUGCUGUCCAAGAUCAAUAAGACCAAGGGCCUGCCCGGUGAGGGCACCGUCUCUAGGCUGAUAAAGAUUGCUGGCGAGCUUGGUCUGCGUGGAUCUUUCGCCGGUCUUCCGACCCGUCUUUUCAUGGUUGGUGGCCUCACUGCUGGCCAGUUCGCCAUCUACGGCGAUAUCAAGAAGUUCCUAGGUGCUACAAAAUAG